AUGGAGCAUUUAUUGCAACUUCGUGUAAUGGUUACAUACGAAGGUUUCUGUGUGGAUUUACUAGAUCGUCUUGCGUCUUCCUUGCAUAUAACGUAUGAAAUCUCGAUUGUGAAAGAUGGUAAGUAUGGUGAGCCUGUAGCGAGUAACUCGAGUGAAUGGGACGGAAUGAUUGGAGAGAUUUUGAGAGGAGAGGCAGAUAUGGCAGUUGGACCGAUAACAGUAACUGCAAGACGACUAGAAGUUGUUGAUUUUACGGAUCCAUUUCUACAGUUGGGAAUCUCUAUGCUAAUGCGUCAACCCAACCAGAAGACUUCUUCAACAUUGACUAGUUUUCUCGUAUGGACGUUUUCGGCCACAGCAACCUUUGCAACAGCAAUGCUACUUACCGUAAUUGCUGUUCUCUCUCCGAGUGAAUGUCCUGCCGAAUUCAAUCUUCUAAACUCGGUAUGGUAUCUGGUAUGCAUUCUCCUCAGAGCGGGCUCGGGAUACAACUGUCAGUCAGCGGCUGCAAGGUUCCUCUCUUCAAUAUGGUGGAUGUUCACUUUGGUCUUGUUCGCGCAGUACACCGCUAAUUUCGCAGCUGUGCUUACUGUGGAUCGGAAAAAUAUGCCAUUCAAUGCAAGUUUCCUUGUUCUUAAACAAAAUUUUAUGCAUUUUAUGCAAAACGUAGACGAUGCCGAAAUAGAAUUAUGGGAAUCGAUGCAGAACCAAACUCCGACCGCAUUUGUUGACAAAAAUGAAAGUGGCGUUCGCAGAGCUCUUCAAGAAAAAUAUGUCUUCCUAAUGGAGUCAGCAACUCUGGAUUAUCAAGUUACACAAAACUGUAAUCUUACGCGUGUAGGCAACGUUGUGCUCGGCUCAAAUGGUUACAGCAUCGCGUUGCCGAAAGAUAAUUACAAAAUUUUCCAGUCUCUUGCGAGAGGUGUUAACGAUGCGCGCGCUAGAAUCUCUUUCUUUACUCCAGAACUCGAUUCUGUGCUUUGA